AUGAUUUCUAGUGGUGUGUGCCCUAAUAUCAUUACUUGUAAAACGUUGCUGCACGGUCUCUGCAAUAAUGGGAAACCAGAAAAGGCGUUCAGAAUGUUUAAGGUGAUACAGAAGAGUAAUAUUGAUCUGGAUACUACUAUUUAUAACACCAUCAUCCAUGGAAUGUGCAUGGCUAGUAAGUCGGAACAAGCAUGGAGUUUAUUCACUAAUCUCCUCCACAGCGGUUUGCAACCUGAUAUUCAAACUUAUAAUAUAUUGAUCAACGUGUUCGUCAAAGUGGGAAAGUUUAUAGGGGCUGAAAAGUUAUAUGCGGAGAUGCCCCACAGAAGUAUAGUCCCAGAUACUUUCACCUAUACCUCAAUGAUCGAUGGACUCUGCAAGCAGAACCGCUUGAAAUGA